AUGAAUUCUUUUUUUAUUUUGUAUCGUUUCUUUUUCUAUUUCUUUGAUUUAACUUUCUUUAUUUUUAUUUUCCUUCUUUUCUUUCAUCCUUUCUUUACUUCUUUUCUUGAUUUAUUUUCUCUUUUCUUUCGUUUCUUGUUUCUUUCUCCUAACUUUUUAUCUUUAAGUUUCACAUUUUUUUAUUUUAUUUACUUCUCUUUCCUCUUCGCCUUUCAUUUCCUCUCUAUUUAUUUUUUACACUUUCAUCUUUUUCAUUUUCCCUUUUUUCUUUUCUCGCUUUCAUUUUUCAAUCUUCCAACAAAUACUGUUUUAGCAUAUUUCCCUCUUCUUCUAUUCUCAAGCUUUUCUAUCCUUUCUCCGCCCAUUAAUUUUUACUGUGUUCCUAUAUUAUAUUUUUUGUCUCAUUCUCUUACUUUCUCCUUCUUCUUCCUCACUUCCAUACUUUUCUUUCUUUCUUUCUUUCUUUCUUUCUUUCUUUCUUUCUUUCUUUCUUUCUUUCUUUCUUAUUUACUUCUGCUUGCCUCUAAUUCUUCGUUCACUUUUGUUAAUUCAAAUCAGUAUUCUUUAUAUAUUUUCCUGCUCAAAGAAUCAUUUAUUUCAGCACGUUUUAUUUCCGGUCAAUCAAACUUCUCUCGCACUGGACCAUUAGAUAUCUACGAUGAUGUAUAUCAUGAAUUUUUUUAA